CCAUAGUUUUGAAUAGGAGUUCGCGUGUGUUCAGCUGAGCCGGUGGCAAAGUCUCAAGACGCUUUUGCAGUACUAUUCGCCGUUCAAAUAACACGAUGGCCAACGUCGACGGAUCGCAUUCACAUUCACCGCCGUCAAAAAUCGCACGGCCACCUCGUCAGCACGACAUGUCGGCCAACACGACCAUACCGGUCGCGUCGUCGCUCGCCGGCAGACAACAACAGCAGAGGCGACGCAGACGACGUGCCGGCGGCGAACUUCGUCCGUCGACGCCGGCCGGCCGUCCGGACGGGUCUUCUUGGCCGCCGGACGCCACCGCCUCGGCGGCCACCGGACAUAACGGCGGCGUCUCCGACCGGACACCGCUUUUGCUGGACGACGAAGACGACUUUUAUUACGAGUACGACGAUGCCGGCGCCAGAUCUUUGGACGGGUUGGUCGAUAAUCCUAAGUACGGUUCCGUUAAUGAGGACGUGUUCAUGGGCACACCACCGAUGAACGGCACUGGAGCGCCUUUCAACCGGCAAGCGUCCAUCGGUUCCACCGGCAAACAGCUGGUCUAUUGCAUACACGGAAAACCGUCGGGCUGUUGUGCCACUCUAGUGUCCACACCCGAUGACCAGAAUGCCAACCAUGAGAAACCAGAUCCGUCCGACCCUAAGUCGCCAAUCACCAUAUUCAAUGAACACUGUCAUCCGUACCGAGAGAGCACGUCGGACCAUCAGAAGGCCCGGCGGAAACUCAUAUUCGCCAGCGCACUAUGUCUGUUCUUCAUGGUCGGAGAAGCGAUCGGAGGAUACAUGUCGAGCAGUUUGGCCAUAGCCACGGACGCCUCUCACCUUCUCACCGACUUUGCCAGUUUCAUGAUUUCGCUGUUUGCCAUUUGGGUGGCUUCCAGACCGGCCACGCAGUCCAUGCCUUUCGGAUGGUACAGGGCCGAAGUGUUGGGAGCACUGACUUCGGUGCUGCUCAUCUGGGUGGUCACCGGCAUACUGUUGUACUUGGCCGUCGAACGGAUCAGUAACAUGUCGUACACCAUUGACGCCAACAUCAUGCUGAUCACGUCCAUCGUCGGGCUGUGCGUCAAUCUAGUCAUGGGGUUGACGCUUCAUCAGCACUCGCACUCGCACGACCACGGAUCACACAGUCACGGGGAACAAGGCGCGAGCCGGUCCAACAUAAACGUUAGGGCCGCAUACAUUCACGUUCUCGGCGACGUCAUCCAGAGCCUUGGAGUUCUGGUGGCCGCGGCCGUUAUUUACUAUAGACCCGACUGGAAAAUCGUCGACCCGAUAUGUACGUUUAUGUUUUCCAUUUUGGUGUUGAUCACCACAUUCAACAUACUCCGGGACACGAUGAUUGUGUUGAUGGAAGGCAUGCCCAAGGGCGUUAACUUCGUGGACGUGCUGGAGACGUUCAUGAGCAUCGACGGCGUGGUCCGAGUGCAUAACCUUAGGGUUUGGGCCCUCAGUCCGGACAAAAUAGCCUUGGCCGCUCAUCUGGCAGUCAAACCCGGCGUGAGCACAACGACGGUGCUAAAGGAGGCUUCGCGGCGAAUGUAUAAGAAGUACAACUUUUUCGAUUGUACGCUGCAGAUCGAAGAGUUUGACGUUCAGAUGGAAAACUGUUUGCAAUGUCAACCGCCAAAGUGUUAAAGGGGAAACGCUGCCGCAGCCAUCGUACCCACCGCCCACCACGGCUUCUGCCUUUGAAGCUUUUAGCCGUCCAGCCUGCAUUAACACAAUAUACGAUUGCUUUGCGCUCUCCCCCACCGACUCUGCUCCCCCCUCCUGUCCACCAACUCCCAAGUUGUGAUCUCUGUACACACGAUACGUUUUUAUUUUUUUUAAUUAUUAUGUCGUUUGUAAUAUUUUUAGUAGUUAAGUAAAAAAAAAAAACGAAACAAAAUAAUAAUUAUCGUCGGUUGGCUAUCUCUGGCUCUGCUAGAAUGCGAUAAUAUUAUUAUUUUUUUUUUAAAUUAAAUUAAAUUUCUACUGUAAUAUUAAUUGUAAAUGUAUACUAUGUUAUAUUUAUAUAUUUAUAUUAUAUAAAUGUAAUAAUAUAAAUGGAUUUUUUAUACCGUAUACGUACAGCUGCCAUAACUGGCAUCGAGUCGAUCCACGUGAAUUAUAUUUGAAAUGAUUUUUUUUUUUUAUAAUUCUGAAUUUAUUUUUGUUCACCUAUAUUGUACACUGAAACCGCAGUCGUUCCAUCGUUUCAUAUUACAGUUCAAUGGUGUGUCGAUCGAUUCAUUAUUUUGCAGAUAACCGUUAACUUUACCAUUUUCAAUAGUUUGUAAGACGUUUAACUUUUAUAACAUCAGCUGUUAAUCGUUGUACACUCAACCGACCUAUAUAAUUUUUUCCCUACGGUGCCAUAAACAUUUUAUAUUAAGUACAUAAUACAUACUGUAUGAAGAAAAUAGACCGUUGAGUUAUUUGUAUUUUUUUUUUUUAAACUGUUGGUAUGAUUUUUCUAGUUACGAGUCUAUGUUUUAUUAUGUUUACAACGUAUUAGUUAUUAUAUUAAAUAAAUUAUUUUAUUAUGAACGUGUAAAAAUGUGUUGGAAAAUGAUUUUCUCUUUCAUAUUAUGUGUGUAGUUUACCGAGUUCUAAUCUUUAUUAUAAAUUAUAUUUAGGUAUUUUAUACAUUAUGUACAUAUAUUAUUGUUUUU